AAAAUCGGUGGGGGCGCGAGGUGCCGCUCUCUCUCGGGUCAGGCUUUCGGCUCCCGGCGCGCGGCGGAGAUUUUCUUAAAACGACGCGCAGGCGAGGCGCGUGGGUAGGAAGACACGGGAGGCAGUGUCGUUGGAUCCCUCGGCAGUUUGCAGCCCCACUGAGACCGGAGGCCGCCUGGAUGGAGCCGCUGCUCCCAGCCGGAGCCCAGCCCCUCGCAACUGUCGAGGGUAUAGAGAUGAGAGGUCCACUCCAGGAGCCGUGCGUCCUGACCCUAGCCCAGAGGAACGGGCAAUAUGAGUUAAUAAUCCAGUUGCACGCGAAGGAACAGCUUGUUCAAGAUAUCAUUCCUAUAAAUAGCCACUUUAAAUGUGUUCAAGAAGCAGAAGAAAAUCUUUUGAUUGAUAUAGCUUCAAACAGUGGCUGCAAAAUUCGCAUUCAGGGAGACUGGACUAGAGAGCGCCACUUUGAAAUCUUUGACGAGGAGCACUGUUUGAAGUUCCUGUCACAGGUCCAUACUGCUCAGGAAGUGCAAUCACAACUUCUUGUUCCAGAACAAAAGGACUCAUCCAGCUGGUACCAGAAAUUAGACACUAAGGACAAGCCUGUUUUUUCAGGGCUUCUUGGAUUUGAGGAUAAUUUUUCAUCUAUGAAUUUGGACAAGAAAACAAAUUCACAAAAUCAGCCUGUGGGGAUUCAUCGGGAACCCCCACCCCCACCCCCUUCAGGGAACAGAAUGCUUCCACGUGACAAAGAGGCUUCUAACAAGGAGCAGCCCAAAGUGACCAACACCAUGCGGAAACUCUUUGUACCGAAUACCCAGUCUGGGCAGCGGGAGGGUCUCAUCAAACACCUCCUGGCAAAGCGAGAGAAGGACUAUGUCAACAUUCAGACUUUCAGAUUUUUUGUUGGAACUUGGAACGUGAAUGGCCAGUCUCCAGAUAGUGGGUUAGAACCUUGGCUGACCUGUGAUUCACAUCCUCCUGAUAUCUACUGCAUUGGAUUCCAAGAGCUGGACUUGAGCACCGAAGCCUUUUUCUACUUUGAUUCCAUGAAGGAACAAGAGUGGUCCAUGGCUGUGGAAAGGGCUUUGCAUUCCAAAGCCAAGUAUAAGAAAGUUCAGCUAGUUCGCCUAGUUGGGAUGAUGCUCCUGAUAUUUGCCAGAAAGGAUCAGUGGCAGUAUAUCCAGGAUGUUGCUACAGAAACAGUUGGAACUGGAAUCAUGGGAAAAAUGGGAAACAAAGGUGGGGUAGCUGUGAGAUUUGUGUUUCACAACACUACAUUUUGUAUAGUCAAUUCCCACCUGGCUGCACAUGUGGAGGACUUUGAGAGAAGGAAUCAAGAUUAUAAGGACAUUUGUGCACGAAUGAGUUUUGUGGUCCCAAAUCAGACCCUCCCGCAGCUGAACAUUAUGAAACAUGAUGUUGUCAUCUGGUUGGGCGAUUUGAACUAUAGACUUUGCAUGCCUGAUGCCAGUGAAGUGAAGAGUCUUAUCAACAAGAAUGAUCUUCAGAGACUCCUGAAAUUUGACCAGCUAAAUAUUCAACGCACACAGAAAAAAGCUUUUGUUGACUUCACUGAAGGGGAAAUCAAGUUCAUCCCCACUUAUAAGUAUGACUCUAAAACAGACCGAUGGGAUUCCAGCGGGAAAUGUCGGGUUCCAGCCUGGUGUGACCGAAUUCUUUGGAGAGGAACAAAUGUUAAUCAGCUUCAUUACCGGAGUCACAUGGAGCUGAAAACCAGUGACCACAAGCCUGUUAGCGCCCUCUUCCAUAUUGGGGUAAAGGUUGUCGAUGAAAAGAGGUAUCGGAAAGUGUUUGAAGAUAUUGUACGCAUCAUGGACAGAAUGGAAAAUGAUUUCCUUCCUUCCUUAGAACUCAGCAGGAGGGAGUUUGUGUUUGAGAAUGUGAAGUUUCGGCAACUACAAAAGGAGAAGUUCCAGAUCAGCAACAAUGGACAGGUUCCCUGCCAUUUUUCUUUCAUCCCCAAACUUAAUGACAGCCAAUACUGCAAGCCAUGGCUUCGGGCUGAACCUUUUGAGGGCUACUUGGAGCCAAAUGAGACAGUGGACAUUUCCCUUGAUGUGUAUGUCAGCAAAGAUGCUGUGACCAUUCUAAACUCAGGGGAAGAUAAAAUUGAAGAUAUUCUUGUCCUUCACCUGGAUCGAGGCAAAGACUACUUUUUGACCAUCAGUGGAAAUUACCUCCCGAGUUGUUUUGGUACAUCCUUAGAGGCUUUGUGUCGAAUGAAAAGACCAAUCCGAGAAGUUCCUGUUACCAAACUCAUAGACUUGGAAGAAGACAGCUUCCUAGAAAAGGAGAAAUCCCUCCUGCAGAUGGUUCCCUUGGAUGAAGGCACCAGUGAGAAACCCCUUCAGGUCCCCAAGGAGAUCUGGCUUCUGGUAGAUCACUUGUCCAGAAAUGCCUGUCACCAGGAGGACCUGUUCCAAACGCCUGGAAUGCAGGAAGAGUUACAGCAGAUCAUAGACUGCCUGGAUACCAGCAUUCCUGAGACAAUCCCUGGCAGUAAUCACUCUGUGGCUGAAGCACUGCUCAUUUUCCUGGAGGCCCUGCCAGAGCCCGUCAUUUGUUAUGAGCUGUAUCAGCGAUGCCUCGACUCUGCUCAGGAUCCCCGGGUCUGCAGACAGGUGAUUUCCCAGCUUCCAAGAUGCCAUAGAAAUGUUUUCCGUUACUUGAUGGCAUUCCUUCGAGAACUCUUAAAAUUCUCCGAAUACAACAACGUCAGUGCCAACAUGAUCGCUACUCUCUUCACCAGUCUUCUCCUAAGGCCUCCACCUAACCUGUUGGUAAGACAGACUCCAAGUGACCGCCAGCGUGCUAUCCAGUUCCUUCUGGGUUUCCUGCUUGGGAGCGAUGAAGACUAAUAAGCCUUGUUCUGUUAACUACCCCCUGAGAUUCUAGAGGUGGAAAAUCUUGGGCACCAAGUAUUUUAGAAUGAUUUGCAAAGUUAUGCCACAGGAAGGGUCUGUUGCAGAAUUUUGAGGCUGUUGACAUAAAAAAGGAAGAGUUUCCUAAUCCUUCCCUUACCAUAUACUACACAGCAAAAUACUUUUAGACUUAUAUUGCCAAGCCAAAGUUACCAUAUUUCGGUGUUUUUGUGUUCUCUCUUUAUAAGGCAAAGAGAUCUGUAUUUACACUCUAUCUGGGGUGGGUGUUGCCCCCUGCCCAGCUGUCAUGAUUGUCCUUAGCACCCUAGGCCUAGAUCCCGAGAUGUUCCCAUUCUAGGCCUUAAAGCACUACUUGAUAUAGCUCAGACUUGAGUGUAGUCCUUCUUCAAAAGCACUUUUGCCCUACCAUCCCUGGAUUACCCCUUUGCACUCCACCUCAUUAGUACUGUCACGUCAAAGGAAGUCUGAGUGAGGCUAGUGACUCCUUGGGUGUCCUCAACAGUGAGUUAACCAUCUGCGUGUGGUUGUUACAUGCAUUUGUGCAUUUCUACCAUAGUGGUACCUGUAUGUCUCUGUAGCAUUGACCUUUUCAUGGAUCUGCCCUGGGUGGAACCAUAUUCUCUUGUCUCGGACCACAUUUAGUAGCAGAACAUUAGGGACUAUUUGAGAUGACAUCCCACUGAUGUGAGAGAAUCAUAAUGGAAGCAGUUUGAGUAUUCAGGAGUGAAAACGUUCAUGUUUGACAGGUCCUGCUUCCUACUGCCCCUUUCUCUUUUUCAAAUUUUACAUGAGAGCUAACCCUGGGUGUCUAGGGGACCCAUCCACCACUUAGAAAUCCACUUAUGGAUCAAAACUUGCACCACAGUCAAAAAGCAAGUCUGCACGUCACACAGGCCUUUCUAGAGAUAUUGCUCCUUCUCCCAGCAACAGUACUGAAGCCCUUCUCUGUUCUCACAUACAAGGGACCAGAUGUCACCCCCUCCCUCAUCAACACUGACUGGGCUGUCCAGCCAGCUCCUGUUGGCUCCCAGCCACUCUGCCCAGUGGUGUGUGAGACAGAUUGUGCAGCGGGACCAACCAAGCACCUUUCUCUCGCACCUGAGACAACCCUCUGUACUCUACAUUUACUCAAGGACAGUGGGGCAACCUUUAAAAAAAUAAUCUCUGUUUGGCAAAGCAGCCACCAACUACAAACUGUAAAACUGCCUGAUGCAAUUGGCUUCCUCUUGGUUUUCUUUCAUUAAAACCUCCAGUUAUUCUUGCCUGUUGCCAUUAAAUCUGAGGAGCUGAACAGGCAGGCAUUAUGUUAGGUCUUGGGCAUUGACUCCUGAUUCUUCUGGUGCAUCAAAAGAGAGAGCCAGGAAAAACACCACAGCUGAAUGGUUCUCUGGCUCUGCCAUCUAUUAAAAGUUGAGUUUUGGGGGAAAGAAAACGUCCAUAUCCUGCAGUAGACUAGUUAGGAGUCAAGUUAUUGGUGCCAAAUAGCUACAGAUCUGAUAGAUUAGGGGCUGGGUGUUGACUUACUCAAUGGAAGACAGUGAGCAGAACACUUUUGUCAUCUCCACUAGGCCAGAAAGUGGUCAUAGGUUAUACACUCCAGGCAGGGUCAUAACACAAAGAUAGGGCAUUGACUGUCCUGGGCGCAUUUUCUGGUAUGUUGCCAACCUCGGCCCUUUGGGUGAUUAACGAUGUGGUCAGUGGGGAUUGUGUGCAGCAUCCUAGCUCUUUCCUUAUAAGGUAAAUGCACUAAGUUUAAUUGCCUCAACCUUUUUUUCCAGCUCUGGUCCUGGGGUGUACAUAGGCUUGAGGAUCUUAGACAAUCUCUAGGUGGGGGAAACAAGAUAUAGAGCAGACAUAAAAGAUCUGCAUCCUGCUGUGCCUCCUCUAGCACCACAACCGCUAAUUCCUAAGGACCUCUAAUGUACUACUCCAUAGCAGCUCUGAAGUAAGAAUUCAGAUCCAACUGGUAGGGAAGGACUCUGCAUCUAUAGUUUUAGAGGGG